AUGGUCAACUCCACCGUGUUCUUUGACAUCACCAGGAAUUGCAAGCCCUUGGGCCACAUCUCCUUCAAGCUGUUUGCAGACAAAGAUCCAAAGAGUGCAGAGAACUUUUGUGCUCUGAGCACUGGGAAGAAAGGAUUUGGUUAUAAAGUUUCCUACUUUCACAGGAUUAUUCGAUUUAUGUGCCAGGGUAGUGACUUCACAUGCCAUAAUGGCACUAGCGGUAAGUCCAUUUAUGGGGAGAAACUGGAUGAUGAAAAUUUCAUCUUGAAGCACACGGGUCCUGGCAUCUUGUUCAUGGCAAAUGCUGGACAUAACAUAAAUGGUUUCCAGUUUUUCCUCUGCACUUCUGAGACUGAGUGGUUGGAUAGCAAUCAUGUGGUCUUUUGCAAGGUCAAAGAGAGCAUGAAUAUUAUGGAAGCCAUGGAGCAAUUUAUGUCCAGGAAUUGCAAGACCAGCAAGAAGAUCGCCAUUGCUUACUAUGCACAGAUCUAA